UCAUACCAAAAAAACAGCAGACCAGCAGAUGAGUAAACCAGCAGACCUUGAGUCACAUUUGAUAUAUUGUAGCUUCGGAAUUAGAGCUAGAACCAUAGUGAUUCCAAAUCAGCUCCUCAGCCCUGUAUUAAAACUUGAAAAUUCACACAAGGAUUUCCUGUGCGAAAUAGAAAACACAUUUAGUGCAAUGCUGAUUUAAAAUUUAAUUUUGCAGAAGCAGAAAGGAAACUCGAGAUCAUUGUGAUUUCAUGAUCAUAGCUGGCUCUGAAGAAAUCCCAGUUCAUAAGAAUAUUAUAUCUGUAGGAUCUGAUUAUUUCAAAGCAAUGCUGGCUCAUAAUAAUGCUGAGACAGCGUCUGGUAAAGUGGAAAUGAAAGAAGUUGAUCCAUUAUCCCUGCAACAAUGCAUAGAAUAUAUUUACACUGGUGAAUUGUCUACUACUGAUGAAAAUGCUGAAUCUUUGAUGUACGUGGCAGAAUUACUGCAGUUGAAAGAUGUCUGCAGAGACAUUGUUGAUUCACUUGAAGAAAAUCUCGAAUCAUCUGCGGAAUCAUUCUUUGUGACAAAAAGAAUCGCAAACCUGUACAAUUACAAAGAAUUGAUGGGAAAAUGCGAAAAGUUCAUGCUGGAUAAUUUUGAAGAAAUUGCGGUUCUUAAUGAGUUCAAUGAAAUAGAGGAAAAGGAAUUUGUUAGAUUGAUCAAAUCACAAGAAAACAAGGUAUCAGAGAGUGUCAAGCUAGAAGCGUUGAUAUCUUGGAUAAAACAUGAGCAAACAAAUCGAAAAAAACUUCUGAAGAAAUUGAACAACUACAUUGAUUUGCAUAAAGUACCUGUGACUUAUAGAAGAUUCCUUGUUGAAAACGAGCCAAUGGUAAAGUCAUGCCCUGAAUGCUCUCAUACUCUAUUCAUAUCUGUGAUGGACAGCUUAGACAUCGGCGCCUCAAAUAUUCACUCUGUUAAGAAUAUAAAACAUGAAGGAAAAGAAGCAAUUGCAGUGUUCGAUGAAAAAUCAAUGAGCCUUCAAUGCUUUGACCCUCGGAAUAAUUCUUGGACAAAAAUGCAGAACACGCCUGUAUCAGGAGAUUAUUUUUCUGCUGUGGCACUUGGUGACUACAUUUAUGUUCUCGAGAGAGAUCAAUCUGUUUAUCGACUUAAAUACUCAGAUCUUGAAGCUACUUGGGAGAGAAUGAAUGAUAUGAUGCAUGACCAUGGGGAGUGUCCUCCUAUUACUGUUUUGUCUGGAAACAUCUACGUUGUUGGUCAUUUCAAUGGUCACUCGAAAUCAGUUGAAAAGUUCGAUCCAUUAAGCAACAAAUGGGAAAAAGUGAAAGACAAAAGUCUCAGCAGUUGUUAUUCAACAGCACUGGGUGCUAGAGGUUGUAUAUACAGCAUUGGUGGAUUAGUAUCAGAUCGUUACACCAACCAAGUAGAAAGAUUUGACCCAACAUCAUCAACUUGGUCAUUGGUUGCAUCCAUGAAUGAAGCAAAGUGCGUAGUCGCAGCUGUUGAAAAUGAAGGAAAAAUAUAUGUUCUAGGUGGACGGGAAAACGGUUACUUGACAACUGUUGAACGAUAUGAUAUUUCAACAAACGUGUGGUCCACGGUAACUCCCAUGUUAACGAAGCGGAGCUGGUUUAGUGCUUUUGUGAUUGAUUCAAAUAUUUACGCAGUUGGAGGAAGGAACAGUUCACCAGGAAGCAUGGAGAAGUUUGAUUUCAAGAAGAAUCAAUGGGAGAUGAUUGACAUGAAGAACAUGAAUCUGUUUAUACUCGAUGCAGUGAAGAUUAAUUUGAAGUGAUUUGAUUGUAUAUAACAGAGAACAGUUCCUUGUGUUACCAUUCAAGAACAUACUAUUAGUUUAUGUUUGUAUUCUUACUAUUAUGGAAUUGUAUGAUAGAUAUUUGACAUUUAAUAGGUGCUCGUGUUACCACUGAGUAAAUUUUUUAAACUUCUAUAAUGAUUUCUUGCAUUACUUACCGUAAAUAAUUUAUAUAGUUUUCUUAAAUGUAAUUACUCAAUGACAUUGCCUAGAAAACUUCA